AUGCUUGGCAAUAGGUCUGUUCAUGGCUGCCCAAGUUGUUCUUCGACCGUUGGUCCCACUCUUGAAGGAAUAAUUGAUACACUAGGUCAUAUUACUAGUUCAUUAACUGAAGCACAUGGUGGAGCACCUGGUGCACCGGCAGUACCACUGAGUGCACCAGGAGCUGCUGCACCGGUAUCAGCAGAAGAGCAGGAUAUGUUUCCAUCGGCACCAGUUAUUGAUGAAGAAGAAUGUGUGCCAUUUAAUGUUGUCUCAUCUGAUCCAGAAUGUGGCAUUCUAUGCUGGAGAGGCUCUGAAGAAUUUGUUGAUGCUCAGGGAGAGCUCCCACAACCAAGAGAAUAUGCAACAUCAGACCCUAACUGCACCAUUCUUUGUUGGGAUGACAUUUCAUUUGAAAAGGUGAAGCAAAUGCCAUUGGCAGUGAAACCACCAGAACUUGAAUCGAAAGGUUUGGAGGAGGGUCAGUUAUUAACUACGGUUGCUUUGGAAGCUGCUACAACAGAACCAUUGUCUGUUUCUGCAGAUAUCAAAGGCACGAGCGGCCCAGCAGUGAGUGCAACAGUUGAAAGAAGUUCCCAAGAAUCAUUUGAGUACAGUGAGGAAUGUUACAGCCGACUAACUGCUGAAGAUUUUCCGUUUGGCGACCAAGGUUCUUUUGUUCUGGAACAAGGAAAAUUAUGUGCAUUCACGGAUAGUGAAUUAGAACUCCCUUUUGAAGAAGAUGCAGAAAGUGUUUACCUCGAUCCCCAAGAAAGACUGUUUGAGAAUGAAUUUCCUGAAUGUUUGAGUCAGGCAGCUAUGAUAAAAGAAUACAAACCUGUUCAACAAUUGACCACUGUAGCUGGGGAAGAUGUCUGCAUAUGUUCAGGAGUGUGCACAUGUUCAAGUGGAGGAACUUCACCAGUGGAAACAGAACCACUUUUAGGAGCAGAAGUUCCUGCUGCAACAGAAAUAGCAGCAUUUGAUGAAAAAGUUUCAGAUGUGUCACCUGUACAGGUGGCACCAGAAGAACCAAUGGUGCUGGGAGAAGGAAAGGUUAUAGAAGAAAAAGUAGCUGCCACCCCUGGAAAAACAGUUUGCUCGUGUUCAGGAGUGUGCACGUGUUGUGCACAGUGCACAGGAAUUGCACCAGUUAAAACAGAAAUACCUAUGGCGUUAGAAAAGGUAUCUGAGGAGUCAGUUACAGAAAGUUUGUACACAAGAAUUUCAGCAGAGGACUUCUACUUUGGUGAUCCAGGUUCCUUUGUAUUAGAGCCGUCUAAGACCUGUGAAUUUACAGACAGUGAACUAGACCUACCAUUUGAGGAGGAAGUAGAAAGUGUAAAUCUUGGUUCAUCAGAAAGAUUGUUCAUGGAUGAAUUUCCUGGAAGCGCUAAUAUACCUCCUUUAAUUGUGCAACCUCAUGUUGUGCUGGAGUUAGCUCCUGUAACUGCAGAAAUCCCUGGCACAACAGCAAUAACAGCAUUUGAUGAAAAAGUUUCAGAGUUAUCACCGGUAGAGGUGACAGCAGAAGGACCAACAGUGCUUGGCAAGGGAGAGAUUAUAAAAGCUGGGUGCAUAUGUUCAGGAGUUUGCAGAUGCACAAGUACAGCAAGUGCACCAGUUGAAAAAGAGCUACAUUUGCCAGAAGAAAAGAUAUCAUUGGGGUCAUUUACUGAAAGUUUAUACACCAGAACUUCAGCAGAAGACUUAUACUUUGGUGAGUUUGGUUCUUAUGCUUUAGAAGGGCCUUCAAAGAUAUGUGAGUUUACAGAGAGUGAGCUAGAACUGCCAUUUGAGGAGGAAGUGGAAAGUGUAUACCUUGGGUCGACAGAGAGGUUAUUCCAGGAUGAAUUUCCUGGAAGCACUAAUAUACCUCCUUUCAUUGUGCAACCUCAUGUUGUGAUGGAGUUAGCUCCUGUAACUGCAGAAAUCCCUGGCACAACAGUAAUAGAAGCAUUUGAUGAAAAAGUUCCACAGUUAUCACCGGUAGAGGUGACAGCAGAAGGACCAACAGUGCCCGACGAGGGAGAGAUUCUAAAAGCUGGGUGCACAUGUUCAGGAGUUUGCAUAUGCACAAGUACAGAAAGUGCACCAGUUGAAAAAGAACUACAUUUGCCAGAAGAAAAGAUAUCAUUGGGGUCAUUUACUGAAAGUUUAUACACCAGAACUUCAGCAGAAGACUUAUACUUUGGUGAGUUUGGUUCUUAUGCUUUAGAAGGGCCGUCAAAGAUAUGUGAGUUUACAGACAGUGAGCUAGAACUGCCAUUUGAGGAGGAAGUGGAAAGUGUAUACCUUGGGUCAACAGAGAGGUUAUUCCAGGAUGAAUUUCCUGAAAAUGCAAAAUUACCUCCUUUCAGCAUGGAACCUGUUACCAUAACUGAUGUAGUGUUGCCCCAAGCAGUGCUUGAAGUUCCAGAAACAACAAGUGAAACUGUUCCUGUGGGAAUGAUUACUCCUUCGACAGGUAUAGAAGCUCCAACAAGACUAGAAACUCCAACAAGAUUAGAAGCUCCAACAAGACUAGUAGCAGCCGAAGGUUACAGGAUUGAAAGGGCAACAAGCAGUACUGGAGAACUUCGUGAUGAAAUUUAUUAUGAUGUUCUUGGGAGGACAGCAAUGGAACCUGGUACAGAACAUAUUGUUGCAGAAGUUUCAUAUAUGCUUGUGGAACCACUGGAAGCUAUCAGAAAGAUGGAAGAUGAAAUUAUGUCUGAGAUUCCAAGAAUACUGUCACAGCUACUAGCCAAAUGUGAAGGUUCACCUGAAGGAAAACCAGAACUGUCUGAGAUACAGCAUGUUUUAUCUGAAGUACUAGCAAAAUGUGCAGCUGUAGAUGCUGAUAAGCAAACAAUUAUGGAAAAUGUUAUUACUGAAGUACUGACAAAAGGUGAAGGAGGACUAGAGGCCGGUGAUGUACACGAUAUUUUGAAAGAGUUGAUAGGAAAAUGUGAAGGUACAGUUCCAGGAGCAUUACAGAUACCUGAUACAAUUAUGGUUACAGGAGGAACUGAAGCACCUGAUGUCAAGGCUAUUCUGUCAGGUGUUAUUUCAAAAUGUGGAGAUAAAGGUAAAAUAGAACCAUUUGAUAUAGCUCGAAUAUUAUCUGAAGUGAUCACAUCACAGGUCGCAAUUCAGUCUCGGGCUGGAGUUCCAGAGCAGCUUGUAACUCCACAGGUACUUGAACUGUUACCUGAGGGUGUUAUUCCUCCUGAACAACAAGAAAUAAAACAGAAGCGUGUUUGCACUUGCGCCUCAUCCCCUAAGUAUGGAGUAAUUAAAGAUACAGCUGUUGAAAAGACAGAACCACAGGUGCUGAUUCAGGAUACUGAAGCCUUUGUAUCUGCAAUUGAAGGUCCAUCUGCACAUGAAGAACAUGUCAUGCAAGUUGCUGCAGUUAGUGGCUCAGAUGCAUCAUUCGAAUAUAACGAAGAUAGUUAUAGUAGAGUAACAGCAGCAGACUUCCCAUUUGGUGAAACAGGUUCCUGCAUAUUGGAACCUCCAAAGGAAUAUGGAUUUACAGACAGUGAACUUGAGCUACCAUUUGAGGAAGAAGAGCCUAUUGUAGAAUUGGGACCAGAGGAAAGGCUAUUUCAGAAUGAAUUUUCCGGAGUAGUAACAGCAACUCAUAAACCUCCCACUAUAACCACUGAUACUGCAGAAGAAGCUUUCGUGCCUGAAGAAGUUGCAGUUACAGUUGGAGUUCCAGGUACAGCAGAAGAGCCAGAAGGAGAACUUCCAGGUACAGCAGAAGAGAGAGAGGUGCCUGAAGAAACCACAGUUACAGGGGAAGUUCCAGUUACAGCAGAAGAGCCAGAAGAAGAAACAUUUUUUGAAGCUAUUGGUGAAACACUACCUGAAGAGAAAACUAUUGGAGAAAUCAUUCUUGCAGACGAGGGAAGAGAGGGUGAAGGUGAAGGAGAUAUGGAAACACAGCUGGCAUCUCUUCGACAUAGGGUGUCUAACAAGUCAAAUGCCAAAGAAGAAUGUUUUAUCAGAACCUUGAAGCAGCAGAUGGUCAAACUUCGCACUGCACAUGCCAGGGAUCAAGCAUUGCAGCUGUUUGUCACCUCCUAUUAUUUGCAUCCAUGAGAUGGACCAUCGCCAGCAGAACUGCUUCACAGCUGCCACCAUCAGACACUGCUCCACCCAAGUCAGCAUUCGUCAUUGAAGGAAGGAAGGAAGGAAGGAAGGAAGGAAGACUGCAAGUAUUGCUUCGUGCCCCAUGAUAUUGUGUUUUUCUGGGUUUUAACUGCAGCAGAUGGUGGGCACAAGACAAGAUCCUUCGUCGACUUGGUACAUGCAUGUAUCUCAUUUCAGGCCCAGACAGAUUGCAGCGCCAACAUCAAAAUCAAAUUCGCCACUUUCAUGUGCGUGGUGAUCCUUCUGUAUCUGUUCCCCCAGAUUCUUGGAUCCUGAGGACAGGGCGGCCACAGCAGCCAUCAGAGGAUGUCAUCACAACAUGUGGGAUGACCCCAUGGAGACGGAGCCUUCGCCUCCUCUGCCUCAUCUUGUCCUACCAGUGGAGCUGGACCCACCCAUGCCACAGUGGCUAAUACCAUCUACAUUAUGGCAUGGGCCUCAGGAGGUGGAUGUGUGCCCUUCUGGGCAUUUUCCAGGGGAUGUUUCCACCAGACCAAAGGCCGGAUGGCGGGGUGCAACUGGAAGUCUGGAGGGGGGGGAGGGGGAGGAGAAAUGUCACAGCAUAAAGUCAAGCACCAGCAUGCCAGUUGGGUACCUAAGAGCAGAGAAGGCUGUGGGCUGUGAGAAGAGGUCAACCAAUCACACACUGACCGACCACCCUUCCAGGGUGACAACACGACAGCAGUGUCUCCUAGGUGAAGAGGAUAUAAGCGCCACACCCGACUGGUGCAGCUUCAGGAUUGGCCACUUGGAUAGCAGUAUCAACAUUAGCCACUUCGAUAGCAUUACAGGACAGACUUUUGUCAGUUAGAAAUCAGCAGUCACUGCAAAGACUGAUUAUUUCGUAUGUUGCUCUUUGCUUGCAUCAUAUCUGUGUAAUUGCCGAACCUAAGUAUUGUAAUUUUCUUAUUGUAAUAAAACUCAUUAAUGCGAGUUGUUUGAUUGUUUGUCUAGCAAACCGAGUAGGCAGGAUUCCUAGACACAACUAUCUCAAUGUUUAGUAGAGUAUUAUGGAAAAAUCUGAACUAAAUCAGUCAAGAACUUUUCAAGAUGUUUGGUGACAAUGUUUCUCCUUCCUGUAUUAAGUAUAUAUUUGUGUAUUGUCUAUAUUUAAAAGCAAA